AUGCCGCCCCAAAUCAAGACCGACUUGAACCGUAGCGGCUGGGAGACGACGGAUUUUCCGUCCGUCUGCGAGAAAUGCCUACCGGACAACCCGUAUGUGCAGAUGCUCAAGGAGGACUAUGGUGCUGAAUGUAAAAUCUGUACGCGACCUUUUACCAUCUUUCGCUGGAAAGCCGACCGCACCGCCCGACAGAAGCGAACAAACAUCUGCCUGACAUGCGCCCGCCUCAAGAACUGCUGCCAGCACUGCAUGCUGGAUCUUUCAUUCGGUCUUCCCAUCGUUGUCCGUGAUGCGGCGCUGAAGAUGGUGGCACCUGGACCCCAGAGCGACAUCAACCGACAGUUUUAUGCGCAAGAGCACGAGAAGGAGAUUGAAGAGGGACGCGGAGCUAUGGAGGCGUAUGAGAAGACGGAUGAAAAGGCGCGCGACCUGCUCAAGCGCUUGGCACAGAGUGAGCCCUACUACAAGAAGCAGCGACGGAUAGAGGCAGACGGCGAAGAGAGCGGGCAAAAGGCACUACCAGCCCCAGGUGGGAGCGGUGGUGGGAGCAGUGAAGGUGGACAUGUUCCAGGGCCCAUUAGGACUCGGGACACGAGGGGCACUCCGACACGAGGAAGCAUGCGACCUGGCAGAGGAGGUCGUAUGGGUGGUCCAUCGGCUGAGCCGAACCCGCAAGACUGGCUUCCGCCUUCCGAUUCCAACGUCGCAUCACUCUUCGUCACUGGUGUUGAAGACGAUCUGCCCGAGCACGAACUCCGCAAACACUUUACACAAUAUGGUCAGCUCAGGUCGCUGGUCUGCUCACAUCGCGCGCAUUGCGCAUACGUCAAUUAUGUCAACAGGAAAGACGCAGAGACUGCGGCAGAAACACUGAAGGGCAAGGUUGUCAUCAAGGGCUGCCCAAUGCGGGUCACUUGGGGCAAGCCGAAGCAGUUGGACAGCUUGGAUCAGAAUGUUAGGAUGCAAUACGCAAAGGAGGGACGACAGGUAGCGGGUUCAUCCCGACGGGCUGCGGCUACUCAAGCUGCUAUCCAGGCUGCUCCACAGAACAGCUUGGACAGCAUGAUUGUUGCGCCUCCACCAGGAGAGGACGACGAUGUGAAGUAUGCCAGUUUGGAAGGCAACUAG